CCUAUUUUCCAAACAUACUCUCGCGGAAGGGAGGCCUUUCUCCACUCCGAAGGCACGAUUCCAAAGGCGAAGGCAUAGUCCGGAAGUCAAUUCUCAGUCCAACGCUGCAAAACCCCAAGAAGCAGCAGCAAUAGAAGAAGAAUAAGAAGAUGCAUUCGUUUGGGUACAGGGCCAACUCUCUUCUCACCUUCGCCGUCACCAUUCUCGCCGUGAUGUGCGCCAUGGCCUCCUUCUCCGACAACCUCAACACCCCCUCGCCCUCCUCCCAAGUCGAGGUGUUGAGUAUCAAUUGGUUUCAGAGGCAGCCCAAUGGGAACGAUGAGGUCAGCAUGACAUUGAAUAUAUCAGCAAAUUUGCAGUCAAUGUUUACAUGGAACACAAAACAGGUUUUUGUAUUUCUAGCAGCUGAGUAUGCAACACCAAAGAAUUCCUUGAAUCAGGUUUCUCUCUGGGAUGGUAUUAUACCUUCAAAAGAGCAUGCGAAAUUCUGGAUUCAUACCACAAACAAGUACCGGUUCACUGAUCAGGGAAGCAAUCUCCGGGGAAAAGAAUUCAACUUGACAUUGCACUGGCAUGUCAUGCCCAAGACUGGAAAGAUGUUUGCUGACAAAAUAGUCAUGACCGGCUUCCGCUUGCCAGAAGAAUACAGAUAAGGAUGAUUCUGGGGUGUUUUUUUGGCUGUAACUUCAGUUUAAGUCCCAUGGGGAUGUAAGAGGUUAUUGAAAUUGGAAAAUCAGAGAAAAAGGGAAAAUUUCCUAUUUGAGUCAAUGACUUUUUAUUUAUGAGGAUAUUGCUUAGACUUUUUGAAUCCAUAGAACUUUGUUACUGAUUCUUGGAUCUUGACCCUUCCCUCAGAUAUUCACAUC